AUAUUUGCCCCCAAAUACUAAGCAGAGAUAUAAAGUUACUUUGCGUAAUUUUUUUCCUGUAUGUUACCGGGUUGUUAUGGUUACGAAGCUUGUCACACACACACAGACGAGAUCACUGUUAGCAACUUAAGCCCCUAACUGCAAAGCUCACUUCGUCUGAAAUGGAGGAGCGUUUUGCCUUCCUGGCUGAGUGGUACGACCCGACAGCUACUCUGCUUCGACGCUACCAGCUGCUCUUCUACCCGAAAGAUGGAUCCGUAGAGAUGUUUGAUGUUAAAAACCAGCGGCUCUUUUUAAGACGGACCCAGUAUGAGGAGCUUCGCGAAGAGGACCUCUUUGUGGGCAACCGUGUGAAUGUGUUCUCUCGUCAGCUCAACCUGAUAGACUACGGCGACCAGUACACAGCCAACAAGCUGGGAAGCAAGACAGAAAGAACACUGGGGGUGAUAAAGCCAGAUGCUCUGCUGAAGGUGGGAGAUAUCAUCCAGUCAAUAUAUGAUGCGAACUUGACCAUUACAAAAGCAAAAAUGGUGACCCUGUCUUGGAAACAAGCUGCAGACUUCUACACAGAACAUCAGUCAAAACCUUUCUUUAACAACCUCAUGCAGUUUGUGACGUCUGGUCCACUUAUUGCAAUGGAGCUCAUGGGAGAAGAGGCAGUGUCCGUUUGGAGGAAGCUCCUGGGCCCAACGGACUCCGACGCUGCUCGAAAAGAAGCUCCAGAAAGCUUGCGGGCUCGCUUCGGCACCGAUGGCACAAGAAACGCGGGGCACGGCUCGGAUGCCUUGGCAUCGGCUGCAAGGGAGCUGGAAUUUUUUUUCCCGUCUACAACAGGUCGUGGUCCUCCCGGCACUGCCAAGUACGCAGAUUGUACAUGUUGCAUUAUCAAACCACAUGCAAUCUCUGAAGCUCUUACUGGGAAGAUCCUGAGCUCCAUUAAUGAUGCAGGGUUCGAGAUCUCAGCUCUUCAGAUGUUCAACAUGGAUCGGGCCAACGCUGAAGAAUUCUUAGAAGUAUAUAAAGGUGUUGUGGCUGAAUACCCGAGUAUGGUGGCUGAGCUGUGGUCAGGACCAUGUAUGGCACUGGAGAUUCAUGGCACAGACGUUGCAAAGAGAUUUCGGGAAUUUUGUGGACCUGCCGAUCCGGAAAUUGCACGUCACCUCCGCCCUAACACAUUACGUGCCUUGUAUGGCAAAAACAAAGUGCAGAAUGCAGUUCACUGUACAGAUCUACCAGAUGAUGGUGUUUUGGAGGUAAGACUACUAGUUUUUCUGUUUAUAAAUGAAAACCAAAAACAGAAGCCCUUUUUAAAUUAAGACUUCGCUACUCUAGACCUUUCUCUGGUUAUGCUGAUCUGGUCCUCUAGCACCAAACAAAUGUCAUAUGACUUAGCAAAAUUCUGUAAGAUAGUUAAAUAUGUAGAAGAUAUAGUGCAAACAGCCUGCCAUCAAAUUACUUAUUACUGAUGGAUCUUAACCUUGACGACUGUAAUUUGACUAGUGUAAAGUUUAACAGAAAGUAAUCACAUUUCAUGCAUUACAGGUGUGAAAAUGACCAUGUUCACCAUAACAUAUUGACUUUUCUUUC